ACCGACAAUGCUCGAUUCUUGGUAAUAUGCAUAUUAACUUCGAUACUUUUAUCCUUGCAUUGUCAAGGUACAGCGCGUUAAACGAUGCUAUUCUUUCAUCGUUAACUGCCAUCAACGGUUACGAAACACAUAAGAUUUUAUUCGCUGUUUGUUGUAAAAACAAUUGUUUCGUACAAUAUCGUAAAAAAAUUAUUAGUCUUAAAAUUAUAAACUCUUUAUUGUAUAUAUUUUUUAUAACAAAUUAAGAAUGAAAUUCAAUGAAAAGUGUAUUCAAUGUUUUUCAAUUUUAGAAUAUUAUUGUUAAGAACAUUUUUUUCUUCAUUUUUUUUCAUUUUUCUUUGUAUUCCUUUGUUAAGAUAAAUAUUUCUAUAGUCUUUAAUUAAUUUAUUUAUUUCUUAAUUGUGUUAAACUUAUUUGUAAUAAAAAACUAGGAAAAAAUAUACAUAUAUUUUGUCAGAUUAUUUUUGACUUUAUUGAAAGAGCCGCCAUAAUAGUCCUCUUAGUGGAGGGAAUGUGAACGGCACCAUUAAUAGUAUACUGUGUGUCGCUAUAUAUUCACUGUUAAAAAUAUAAAAUUUGCUAAAUAAUUAAGAUAUUUGAAUUAUUUCAAUAGAAUCAAUUCGAUAAUAAAUAAUAAAUUUCUUUAAUAAAUAUGAAUAAUCUGUAAAAUUAAAUAGGUCAAGCGAUAUCUGAUAACCAAUCACAUAUAAUAAAAGAAAUCGAAUAAACUAAACUAAAUGAAUCAUUAAUUAUUAUUAUGAACAAUAUAUAAUUACAAAAAUAACAAUCAAAAUACAAAUUUUAAUAUAAUUUGCAUCAAUUUAUUGACAAUACAUUAAUUUAAGAUGUAUGUUUGAACUUGUUCUGGACAAGUUUUCUUCAAUUGUUUUUAAUAUUUUAAUAUUGAAUAAUGUUUUUUUUUGUUGUAUAAUUUAAAAUGUACGUAUUAUAUAUACUUAAAAUGAAACUUGAAUUUUGAAAUGAAUUUAAAAAAAUUAUAUUUUCUUAAAUUUAUUCCCUAGCAUUUUUUCUAGUUUUAUAGGAUUUAUAUGUUGGUACACCUUUUGCGUGUCGACGCCCAAGCGUUACACUAAUAACAACAAGUAGGUGUAUUUACGAGUUAGAUCAUCCACAUUUUCUAAUAGCUAAUGAACGUGACGAAUAGUUAUUGUAUGUGAAUUUUUAUUUUAAUAAAACCAUGACAAUUUUGGAAACCUGUUGGUCACCAUUUGUUUGGACCAAUAAUAUCAAGACAGGAUGUAAAGCUAUUGCCUUUUAUACAAUUGCUAUUAGUAUAAUAUCUAUUACAUUAAUUUCCUAUCAAUUAAAUGGAGGUGAUUCAACUCAAUUAUAUAAUCCUCUUUUUGAGGCUGAUGUUAGAGGAUCAAUGCAAGUUGUGGGAGGAUUUUUCAUCUUUUAUUUUAGUCUUCUGAUUAUAUCAGGUGGUUUGAUGAUACAUGGAAUAAAAGAAGGAAUAAGAGGAUGGUUACUUCCUUGGCUUAUAUUAUGGUUUAUUGUAUGUUUAUUUCAAUUAGUUUUUGGACUUUGGCUUAUAGGAGGAUAUUAUAUUUAUCUUGAUGCAACGUUUGCAGCAAUGUGCAUUUGGUUGUGGAUGUCGUAUAAUAUAUACUGUUGGUUAGUAGUACUAUCGAUGUACAAAAUUUUUGAGGAAUUGCAAUCUCCAAACAUAGAACUUCUAUGGCCUUAAAUAGCUACAUAAUACUAAUUAUAAGAUGUAGGAUACAUUGAUUGACACCAAAGUAAGAUACAUCUAUAAUUUUCUACUUUGUAUAUUAUUUUUCAUAGAAAGUGUUUAUUCAAAGAAAUAUUUAAAAUAAUUUAAAUCAAACUAAAACCAUACUAUGUGUUCAUUUUGAUUAUUUAUUUUGAUACAUCUAGUAUUAUAAAUAUUGUGAACACAUAAGUACCAUACUUAGUGUCAGUAAUGUACAAUUAGUUCGAUGCCUUGAAAGUUUAUAACUUUCACAUUUUAACAAAA